CCAAGGUACACACGACUCAUAACUCGUUCGCUCCACCUCUUCACCGGGAUCCUACAGGUCUGUCCGCAGAUCUGACUCAAAUUAGACGCUCUCCGACGAGACCCGUCCCCUACAAGAAUGUCUCAUUCACGAGAACCCUCAAAAACUGAUCUCCCUACCCGCGAAAAAGAACCUAAAAUGGACGCUGAGAAGAAGAUGGAGAAGAAGACAAAGCCAGAGAAGCCUGUCGGCAAGGCAGAGGCCAAGGUCCCCCAGUCAAAAGCAGGCGGGAAAAAGAAGAAGGAAGGUGCUCUAUUGAUUGGUAUCGACGUCUCGAAAGACGAAGACUUCCCAGAAUGGUACCAGCAAGUCCUGUUGAAGGGAGAUAUGCUCGACUACUACGAUAUUUCCGGUUGCUACAUCCUAAAGCCUGCGUCGCAAUUCGUCUGGGACGAAGUCCGCGCCUGGUUCGACUACAGAAUCAAGAAGAUGGGUGUCAAGAACUGCUCCUUCCCUCUGUUCGUCUCUGAAGACGUGCUGUCUCGCGAGAAGGACCAUAUCGAAGGCUUCGCAGCCGAGGUCGCGUGGGUGACACACGGAGGCAGCACAAAACUCGAGAAGAAGAUCGCUAUUCGUCCGACAUCCGAGACCGUCAUGUACCCAUACUAUGCCAAAUGGAUCCAGAGUCAUCGUGACUUGCCUCUCAAGCUCAAUCAGUGGAACUCGGUGGUCAGAUGGGAGUUCAAACAUCCUCAACCUUUCCUGCGCACGAGAGAGUUCCACUGGCAAGAAGGCCAUACUGCCCACUUGACGGAACAGGAGGCGGGCAAGGAAGUCCUUGAAAUUCUCGAUCUUUACGCUGGUGUUUAUGAACAACUCCUAGCUGUUCCCGUGAUCAAAGGCCGGAAAACAGACAAGGAGAGGUUUGCCGGAGGUCUGUACACAACCACUGUGGAAGGCUAUAUUCCAGCUACUGGACGGGGUAUUCAAGGCGGGACAUCGCAUUGCUUGGGCCAAAAUUUCAGUAAGAUGUUUGGCAUCACUGUUCAAGAUCCAAAUGCAAAGACCGAGGAAGAGAAGAAGAACCAGCUGUACGUCUGGCAGAACUCUUGGGGUCUGUCUACUCGAGUCAUUGGUGUGAUGGUCAUGAUUCAUGGAGACGACCGGGGUCUGGUCAUGCCACCUCGGGUUGUCGAAACCCAGGUCGUCAUUGUGCCAGUGGGUGUGACCGCAAAGACUACCGAUGAGGAGCGCGAAGCUCUGUACAAGGAAAUCGACGGGCUAGUCGAAGUGCUGAAGGCCGUCAAUGUGAGAGCUCUUGCCGACCUCCGUGAGGGAUACUCUCCAGGAUACAAGUUCAAUGACUGGGAGUUGAAGGGUGUCCCACUUCGUCUGGAGUUUGGACCUGGUGAGAGCAAGGGGCACUAUGUGACCACGUCCCGAAGAGACCUCCCCAAGGCGGAAAGCAAGGGCCAAAUUGCCAUCAGCGAGCUCAACACUGCUAUCCCGGAGCUACUCGAGACUAUCCAGAAGGACCUGUACGACCGAGCGAAUGCCAAGUACAAGUCGCAUAUCAAGCAGGUCACCAAUUGGGACGACUUCGUGCCAACAUUGAACGACAAAAACGUCAUCCUCAUGCCAUUCUGCCUGACCGAAGCAUGCGAGGACCAGAUCAAGGAGAUGAGUACGCGCACCGAGGAGGAACAGAGUGGUGUGCCACUGGAUGAACGUGCCCCAAGUAUGGGGGCCAAGACUCUGUGUAUUCCAUUUGACCAGCCAGACGGCAUCGAGAAGGGCGUCACCAGGUGCGGGAAUCCCAAGUGCUCAAAGUUCGCAGAGGCAUGGUGCAUGUUUGGACGGUCGUAUUAGACACAGCGUGCAGAAAAGGGCUAGACAUUUCUACGAUAGAGAGGGACGGAGAUGGCGAGCGAGAUGACUAUGAUAUGACCGCCAGAGGUGAUGGCUGGGGCUUUUGAUUGCUGGAAUGAUCACAAGACACGUUUUGACAAUGUGGAGGUGUUUGACGAGCAGAAUGAGGCUUCCUUAGCUUUAUCAAGAUGCAGGAUCGAGGCUGCGUUGGUGACUGAUAGGAGCUUUAUCUGGCCAGGAACAGGCCAAGUUCAAGCCAGUCGUGCCGGUCAGAAGCAGCGGUAUGUUUCCAUAGGCCAAUCGUACGGGCUAUCUCGUCUUCGGUCGCUAUCAGGAGGUGCUUGGCGGGGGGUGGUGGUGAUACGAUUCAUGCCGAAGAGCACGCAACGAGCACGCCAACCAUGGUUUCCUGGGGUUGCCGAUAAGAAGAGACAAGCUCGUGUCAUCGCUGAACAGUGAACAUGGCUUGUACAAGUAGAAAAGGAUCCCCAGAAUCCUCUCCUCCA